CGGGGUUUUAUGUAGCGGAGCUUUAGUCAACCGGCUUUCUAAAACCCUGGGGCUCUAUAUGCAAACACUACAAAUAAUAAAAAUGCCCCAAAUCUCAAACCUUCGUCUCCUAAUCUCCUCCGCCAAUCACCCCCGAAUUCUCUCACCCUUAACCCCUAAACCUCCUCCCUCUCUUUCUCACCUCUUCAGACUCAAACAACCCAAAUCACACACUCACAACCCCCGUUUCCUCUUUGCCGCAUUCUCUUCAUAUUCAAGAAAACCGAGAAACAUCGAACAGCCCAGUUCGUUAAGAAGGCGGAGCAGUUCGAAGGCAGAUAAUAAAGGGAAGAUGGCAAUGGAAGAGAAGGGCCCAACUGCUGAGUCUGUUGGCUUUAAUAAAAGAAGGGCUGAGGGUAAGGAUAAGAACGAUGGGAAGAAGAACCUUCAACUCAAAGUCCGCAAACUUAACCCUGUUAAUACAAUCUCAUAUGUUCAGAUACUUGGGACCGGCAUGGAUACACAAGAUACAGCACCCUCAGUUCUUCUCUUCUUUGAUAAACAGAGGUUUAUUUUUAAUGCCGGAGAAGGAUUGCAACGCUUCUGCACAGAGCACAAAAUUAAGCUGUCAAAGAUAGAUCACAUAUUUCUAUCACGGGUCUGCUCGGAAACUGCCGGUGGACUGCCAGGUCUUUUAUUGACUUUGGCUGGCAUGGGAGAAGAAGGAAUGUCUGUCAAUUUAUGGGGUCCUUCUGAUCUCAAGUACUUGGUCGAUGCAAUGAAAUCAUUCAUCCCAAAUGCCGCCAUGGUCCAUGCACGGAGUUUUGGCCCAACUGUUGGAUCAGUUGAUGUUAGUACUGCUUCUUCAGGGACGAGUGAUGAUCUCUAUGUUCCUAUUAACGAUGAGGUUGUCAAAAUAUCUGCUGUUCUGUUGCGACCACGUUACUCAAAAGUGUCUGACACGACAAAGGAAGGAUCCUCUGAGCUGGAUGAUCCUCUAGUUGGUGUCAAUCAUUUGGCAGAGAACCAUUUAGUGCGGAGGAUGCAUUCCACAGCUGAAUUUGCAUUAAAGCCUGGGGAUCUUUCGGUGGUUUAUAUUUGUGAGUUGCCUGAAAUUAAGGGAAAAUUUGAUCCCAAAAAGGCUGCUGCUCUUGGGUUGAGGCCUGGCCCAAAAUACCGUGAAUUGCAACUUGGGAAUUCAGUACAGUCAGAUCGCCAAGAUAUCAUGGUUCAUCCCAGUGAUGUAUUGGGGCCUUCUGUUCCUGGUCCUAUUGUACUUGUUGUUGACUGCCCAACACCAUCUCAUCUGCAAGAAUUGUCGUCUAUACAUUCUCUUACUCCAUAUUAUUCAUAUCCAUCCGAAGAAUCCAAGGAAAUGUGCAAAAAAGUUGAUUGUGUGAUACACCUUAGUCCUGCUUCAGUAACAUGUUCAACUGAAUAUCAGCAAUGGAUGUCAAGAUUUGGUGAGGCGCAGCACAUCAUGGCAGGACAUCAGCCGAAGAAUAUUGAAAUUCCAAUACUGAAGUCGAGUGCAAGAAUCGCCUCAAGACUGAAUUAUUUGUGCCCUCAAUUCUUUCCUGCGCCUGGUUUUUGGUCCCUUCCGCAGUUGAAGAGCUUAUCCUCAGUCUCUAAGACCCCAAGUGAGUUCUCUUCAUGUCAAGUUACGGCAGAGAACCUCCUCAAGUUUCAUCUUCGUCCAUAUGCGCAGCUUGGGUUAGACAGAUCUGGUAUUCCUGAAAUUACUUCUCGGCCAAAAAUCAUAGAAGAGUUAAUAUCAGAAAUUCCUGAAAUAUCAGAUGCUUCUGAACGUAUUACCCAGAUGUUGCAUGACAACAAUGUUACAAAUGGAGGCAGUGCGACUAUGCAGGCGAACAAAGUUAUGAUCGAAGAGCCCUGGUUGCAUGAAACUGCAUUACCUAGUUGUUUGAAAGGUGUAACAAGAGAGGACGUGGAGAUUGUUCUUCUUGGAACUGGUUCAUCUCAGCCUUCAAAAUAUCGGAAUGUUAGUUCUAUUUUUGUCAAUCUUUUCUCAAAGGGAAGUAUUCUGUUAGAUUGUGGUGAAGGAACAUUGGGACAGCUCAAAAGAAGAUUUGGCAUUGAAGGUGCUGAUGAAGCCGUAAAAGGUUUAAGGUGUAUUUGGAUUUCUCAUAUUCAUGCUGAUCAUCAUACUGGUCUUGCAAGAAUACUUGCUCUCCAACGCGAUUUGCUCAAUGAAACUCCUCAUGAACCUUUAAUUGUUGUGGGCCCAAGGCAGCUUAAGAGAUUCCUCGAUGCAUACCAAAAACUUGAGGAUCUGGAUAUGCAGUUCCUUGAUUGUAGGCAUACUACAGAAGCUUCAUUAAAGACUUUCGAGUCAACUGGAGACAAGGAUGUGAGUGAGAGUGCAUGUGUACCAAGUGACCAAAAGAAUGGUUCUACCUUAUUUGCUAAAGGGAGCCGUAUGGAGAGUUAUUGGAAGAGGCCAGGCAGUCCGGUUGAUGCAGCGGCUGCAUUCCCAUUGCUGAAGACAUUAAAGGAAAUUCUCAGAGAAGCAGGAUUGGAGGCAUUGAUUAGCUUUCCUGUUAUUCAUUGUCCACAAGCAUAUGGUGCUGUCUUGAAGGCUGCUGAUAGGACUAAUAGCACUGGGAAGAAGAUACCAGGAUGGAAAAUUGUAUACUCUGGUGACACUAGGCCUUGUCCAGAACUAGUUGAAGCUUCGCGUGGUGCAACGGUUCUCAUACAUGAGGCUACCUUUGAAGAUGGCAUGGUGGAGGAGGCCAUAGCAAGAAAUCAUAGCACAACACAGGAAGCCAUCGAAGUAGGGGACUCUGCUGGAGCAUAUCGUAUCAUCCUCACUCACUUCAGUCAAAGAUACCCUAAAAUCCCAGUUUUCGAUGAAACACACAUGCACAAAACAUGCAUUGCUUUUGAUAUGAUGAGUGUUAACUUAGCAGACCUACCCAUGCUUCCAAGAGUUCUUCCAUAUCUUAAACUGCUAUUUCGUGAUGAAAUGAUAGCUGAUGAAUCUGAUGAUAUCGAAGCUGCUACAGCAGCUAUUUGAAUUAUUGAAUAACACUCACCAUAUUAAAUAUUCUUUUUAAGCAUUUAAUCCAUCAAAGUGGAUAUGUUGAUUUUUAGUACUGUACAAUUUUUAUUGAACUCCCUUGGAUCUCAUCA